AUGCCAUACUUAUUAAGUAUUAAAUCAAGUUCACAGCAAGUCUAUCGAAUCGGCUCACCUCGACUCGUGCACAUGUCAUCCGAUACAAAUUCGUUUGAAAGAAGAGAUUCUUUCAUGGACGACGACGAGGUCAAGGAGGAAGGUCAAGAGACUUUUGUGACCAACGAUUGGGCGUCAAUUGUAAAUCGUCAGUUUGCUAGAUAUCAAGCGAAGUUACUCAUGAAGUUCACUCGUACGUAA